UGUACUCAAGCCAACCAUUGCGAGCUUGUUCCUAAUAAACGCAGUGUGGAAGGGUGAAGGCACUGAAACCUGCGACAGAGAAACAAGUCAGCAUUGCUUGAAUACUUAGUCUACAAUUUAUUUUUAAAAAAAGGGUGAAAACAGUAAAAGUCCACUGUUUGGUUUAAAUUAAACGUCAAUUAUCCAAGUUUCAUACUUGUUGGCUAGGCGGCCGUCUCCUGGUUGCUGAGUGUCGCUGUUUCUCCCUGGAGCUAACACUAAGGGGGACUCCAUGAAAGAUGACAGAGGAGGUGAUUGUUGUAGCCAAGUGGGACUACACGGCCCAGCAGGACCAGGAACUUGACAUACGUAAAAACGAGCGUCUCUACCUGCUGGACGACUCUAAAACUUGGUGGCGUGUCCGCAACACGGCCAACCAAACGGGCUACGUGCCGUCCAACUACGUGGAGCGCAAGAACAGCCUGAAGAAAGGCUCGCUAGUGAAAAACAUCAAGGACACGCUAGCUGCCAUCGACUCCCCUGAGACACUGCGCGUCAACACACCAGUGGAGACACCCUUCCGACUAUCAGGUUUGGGCAAAACAAAGAGGAAGACCAGCGCCCGCGAUGCUUCCCCGACGCCGAGCUCGGACACGGAAUACCCCACCAACGGCAGCGGGGGCCCGGUAGGAGGGGCGGCGGAGAGAAUCUACGACCUCAACAUGCCCGCCGUGGUCAAGUUCGCAUACGCAGCGGAGCGGGACGACGAACUGACCCUGACGAAGGGCUCCAGGGUGGUGGUGAUGGAGAAGUGCAGCGACGGCUGGUGGCGAGGCAGCCAGGGGGGCCGCGUGGGGUGGUUCCCCUCCAACUACGUCCAGGAGGAGCUGAGCGAGAGUCCUGACCGAGUUGGCAAGGGUGAUUCCUACACUCAUGGGACCUCGAUGGCAAACGGGAGCGUCGGGGGCCACCACCGCCGCGCCGUCCUGGUUCAGACGCUUUACCCCUUUAGCUCCGUCACGGAGGAGGAGCUUAACUUUGAGAAGGGCGAGAUCAUGGAGUUGGUGGAGAAGCCAGAGAAUGACCCUGAGUGGUGGAGAUGUAAGAACUCGCGCGGCAUGGUGGGCCUGGUGCCUAAAAACUAUGUCACGGUUCUGGACGAGCGACCGGGCCACCCGUCACCUUCUAUGAAAGGGUCCCCGCGGAACCGCCACAUGGCGCCGGCGCGCUCAGGAAGGUUUGCCGGGAGGGACUGGUACUAUGGAAACAUCACCCGGCACCAGGCCGAAUGUAUACUCAACGAGAGAGCGGACGAGGGCGACUUCCUCGUACGGGACAGCGAGUCAUCGCCCAGCGACUUCUCCGUGUCUCUGAAGGCGGCGGGCAAGAACAAGCACUUUAAAGUGCAGCAGGCCGACGGCAUUUACUGCAUCGGCCAGCGCAGGUUCAACUCCAUGGACGAGCUGGUGGAGCACUACAAGAAAGCCCCCAUCUUCACCAGCGAGCGUGGGGAGAAGCUGUACCUGGUUAAAGCGCUGCUGUGACGCCCCUCAACACUGGAUCCCCCUCCCACACACACACACACACACACGCACGCACGCACAUGCACACACACACGCACACGCACACACGCAUCACCACUUGCAAGCUGUCUUAACCCAAGCCUUCUCUGGAGGCAUCCACGCACUGCAGCAAUAGCAUCUGUCGCCCCCCAGUGGCCGUCAGGUGCAGCUGUUUCUUAACCAGCAGGUGAGCAGUUCCACCCCGACAUUAAACACACCGGAGGCCUUUUUUCCCGCCCCGAGGUUCUCCAACGCUGUUGCUCUUAACUCAAAGAAAAAAGGAAAAACAGUAAAAAAAAAAAAAAAAAAAAAAUCUAAUUUCAAUCAUCAUCACUCUUCACCAAGUGACCAGAAUCGCUCUCUAGCCGUUUUCCCUCCAAAAUGUCAGAUUCACAUUUUUUUUUAUGUUCUGCCUCGUUUUGUUCCACGUGUCGCACCUGAGUGGCGAAACUAAGACUAAUGCAUUCUGAGUUUAAGUCCUUUUAGGUGAAAGUGACGUAAGAAAAGUGACAUUGUGCUGGUUUUAGGCCUUUUCCUGCUCAUUUUAGUCAUUCACAGGAAGUAAAUAUAUAUUCAUUUUGUCUUUGAACACCACAAAAACAAACUUUUCGUUAUGUUUUUCAAGCCACCACACCUCACAUCUGCUACAAAAAGUGCUAGAAGAUUCCAGGAUACUUUAGAACAGUGGUUAUCACCAAAACUAUUUAUGCCCUUGCAAGUACCGGUGAGUGUGUGGCACACUCACUAACUGUACUGACUGAUACCGCGUCGUUCUUUCACAACGGUCGUCCGCCAUCUAGUGGAUUAAAAAAGUCACUACAUUUGACCCGUGAUUCAAAUGAAUAGUAGAGGAACAUCACUUUGAGCUUGUUUAAAACCUGUAAAAUGAAAAUAAUUGGAGACGUUGGAUUUUUUUUCCUUCUUCCUCAUUCAAUUUAGAGCGACGUUAUGCUAAUUUUUUCCAGAACGAUUCCCAAUGAACGCAGUUUGUCGCUUCUCGGUCACGUUUUUUUUUUCUUAAAGUGAAACCCACCUCGAGCCUUUGAGGACCACGGUAUCACUUUUUGUGUUACCUCACGUCUCCAUGCUUGACCGUCACUAGUGAGUCGAAUCAGUGUUCCUGAUAUCAUUCCCAUCAAAGUUGUUCUUUAUUAUUCUCAAGCUGCUGCACCUGCUCUUACUGAGGCGAGAACAGGGGUGUCCAAAGUGAGACCCGACUGCUCCAGUUUUGUUGGCCCGCAAUAUAAUUUUCAAAGUAAAAAUCCAACCCAAAACUGUACAAAUCUAAGCAAAGAAGCUGAAAUGUUGAUACAAAUAUUAGUGCUAUUUUCUCAUCUGUAAUGAAAAUUUUGCUCGGUUUUUGGCAUUUUUCCGACAAAAUAUCAAGAUGGGCUCCAUGCUUGACUCGUCAGUACUUUGGUGGAAAAGGUUUGGACACCUGCGCGAGAGGUAUGUUUCCUAUUGACCACCUGAAACAUGUUGCGUUGUGAAAAGAACAUGCCAUCGCCAAUUAAAUUUUUCUUUCUUUUUCUCAAGCUGCUACACCUUCCCUUUUGAAAAUCUUCCUUCAGAUCGGCGCUUCUCAAACUUCUUACCCCGAGUAUUGCCACAAAAGGUUGUUUUUAAUUGGUCUUUUUUUGUGAUUCUGUAAAUACCACCGUUGUCCCUUGGAAAGUUUUUCUUGACUUUUCUUGACGUAUGCUCCCAUGUGAGCGGAGUAUAAUAAAACAAUUUGAACUGAAUGCAAAUUAAUUUGUAGUUGUACACAAGGGAUUCGUACGGCCCCCAAUCCCGGACGGAUCUCUCGUGAGAGGAAGAGAAGGGGUUAGUCUGCUGAAAAUGAUGGAAAUUGCCACCUCUGCAUAGUGACUGACAUUUUACACAUUUUACGAUAUUCAACACUUUACUGCUUUACGCCCGAAAUCUGUCACGUUUCAUGUGUCAGGUGAUAGCCAAUCGCAACUUCCUAAGAGCCUUUUGUCACUUUGUUGUGUCAUUUCCAGCUAAAAUACAACACUUGGAAAGAAUACACUGCAAAAAAAACAAGUAAUUUGAUGCACCAGUGGGGGGCAGAGAGCUGAUUUCUGGUGGCGUUUGAAUGUUAACGAGUGGAACCCAAAGGUGCCAUUUUCUUCCAGGUUCGUCACAAAGUGUGACGCGGUGCCAACACCUCAAACUUUGCUUCCCCAUUCGCCUCUGCAAACAGCCGCAGUGAAAAUCCACUUUCAUACAUGCUUCAAAAAAUAUCUUUCAACUGUGCCAAAUCGGUGGUCUCCACAGUGUUCCAGGUGCACCAUCUAAUCAGAUGUCCCACAACCGGUCGAGUCCUACCCAACACUUUCUCGUCCGUGCGCGUUCGUUUGCUGAGGGGCGAGCUUUUGUAGGAUUCUACCUGAAUGUUAUUUAAUUCCUGUCUCCACUGUAUGUAUAUAUUCCAAAAUAAGAUGAGGUAUGGUACUGUAUCACCCACAACGUGAUGACUAUUUACUUUUGUUCAAUAUAAAAGAUUCUUUUUUUUGGAAGAAUAUUAAAACCUUGAUUUGA